AUGUUUACAUUCCGUCAUCGUAUUGGUUUUCAGCAUUCUUUGGAUAUCAGCAUCGAAUUAGAGUAUUUUGAUGCUCUUUAUAUAACAAAUGCAGCAGUUGCAAAAGCGCUAUCCUCAAUCAUUAUGGCUUUCCCGUUGCGCGUACUUAGAUUAUCACUCUGUGAUAAAUGUUGCUUGGAAAAAUAUUAUGUAAAUCCUUCCUUACAGAGUAUUCGUGGUAAAUUCGCAGAACCUAACAACCUUACUGAUGAUACUGAUGAUCGUACGAGAUCGACUGACGGCACAUUUUAUAUACUAAUUCUACAAAUUAGUUUGAAAUUCAAAAUAUCAUUCCAGUCGAAAUUCAUUUCGGAAAUCGAAAUUGAUUUCAAAUAUCGAAAAUUUCAUUUUGUGCCACCUAUUCCAAUUACACUUAUCCUCAUUUCACAUCCCAUUGCUCUCUUCCAGUCGUUUAAAAUCCUGGGAUGGUAA